GCAAUAUGUCUCGAAAUUUUUGAGGAUUUGGAUACCGUUCGACGUUUGAAAUGCGAACAUGUCUAUCAUCGGCAAUGCAUUGACCCUUGGUUUCAACGGCAGCACUUCAAUUGUCCAUUGUGUAAGUCAGUAUAUGUGGCACGGCCGGAACGUAGUCCG